AUGGCCUUUCAAGCAUCCUCUUCUUCUUUCGGCCGUCGAUGGCCUUACGAUGUAUUCUUGAGCUUUAGAAGUGAAGAUACCCACCUCAGUUUUACUGCUUGUCUAUACAAAGCUCUAUGUGAAAAUGGAAUCUAUACCUACAUGUAUGACAAAUUUAGAGGAGAAGGGGAAAUUUCACCGGAAAUUCUCAAAGCCAUUAAAGAUUCAAGGACUUCAAUAGUUGUACUCUCUGAAAACUAUGCAUCAUCUACAUGCUGCUUGAGUGAGCUGAUCGAGAUCCUCCGGUCCAGGGAAUCAAACCAACAAAUUGUUUUACCAGUGUUUUAUAAAAUAGAUCCAUCCGACGUACGGCAUCAGAAGAAGAAUUUUGGAGAAGCAUCGGCUCAACACCAAGACAGCUUCAUGGAGGAAACAGUGCAGAGCUGGAAGGUAGCCUUGAAUAAAGUGGCCAAUUUGUCCGGGUGGCAUUUAGAGAAAGGUGGUAGGAAUGAAUUUAAAUUCAUCAACGAAAUUGUUCAAUUGGUUUCAAGAAUAGUAAAUCGUACAUACCAAAGUGUUCCCAAAUAUCUGGUUGGAAUAGAGUCUCACAUACAAGAUAUCAAUGGGCUUUUACAUAUUGGGAUGAGUGACAUACGCGUAAUAGGAAUCUUCGGAGCUGGUGGAAUUGGUAAGACAACUAUUGCCAAGGCGAUUUAUAACUCGUUUGCUUACCAGUUUAAAGAUAGUUGUUUUCUUGCAAAUGUUAGAGAAACUUCAAUGAAAGAGUGCGGUUUAGUCCAAUUGCAAGAGACACUACUUUCUGAGAUCCUAGGCAACUCAAGUUUGAAGGUUAGUAAUGUUGAUCGAGGAAUCAACGUCAUAAAGGAAAGGCUUUGUCGUAAAAAUGUUCUUUUAGUUCUUGAUGAUGUGGAUGAGUUGGUCCAAUUGAAAGCAUUAUCUGGAGAACCCAAUUGGUUUGGUUUAGGAAGUAGAAUCAUUAUAACAACAAGAGAUGAACACUUGCUAAUUAAGCAUAACGUUGAUUUCACAUACAAGAUGAAUGAAAUGGAUCACAAUGAAACUUUUCAGCUCUUUAGUAUACAUGCUUUCAAAAGUGACAAACCUCAUGAUUAUUUUGUGGACCUUAUAGAAGAUGCACUACGUUAUGCUGGGGGCCUCCCACUAGCUUUAACAGUGCUAGGUUCAAAUCUAUAUGGUAGAGAUAUACACUAUUGGAAAAGUGCAUUGGAAAAGUACAAAAGAAUUCCAGAGAAAAAUAUUCUAGAAAAACUUCAACUAAGUUAUGAUGGAUUGGAUGAAAGUGAGAAGAAUAUUUUCCUUGACAUUGCAUGCUUUUUCAAAGGGCAAAAUGAAAAAUAUGUUACUAAGAUGCUAGACAGUUGUGGUUUCAAUCCAAUUAUUGGUAUUGCAAUACUUGUGGAGAAGUCUCUCAUAACUAUUGAUCAUGAGGAUAAAUUGGCCAUGCAUGACUUAUUGCAAGAUAUGGGUAGAGAAAUUGUUCGUCAAGAAUCGCCCGAAAGACCAGGCAAACGUAGUAGAUUGUGGUUUCAUGAAGACGUUCGUGAUGUACUAGAAAAAGAUAUGGGAACAAACAAAAUUGAAGGCAUAUUAGUGGAAUUGCCUGAACGAGACUUGAUACGGUGGAGUUCCAAAACCUUUGAGAAGAUGAAAAGGCUCAGAUAUUUUAUAUGUCGUAAUGCAGACUUUUCUAAAAUGCCUACUUAUCUUCCUAGUGAGUUAAGAGUGCUUGACUGGGAUGAAUGUCCUUUACAAUUUCUGCCAUCCAAUUUUCAUGGACGGAAACUCAGUAUUCUAAGAAUAUGUAAUGGCCCUUUCAAAGGACUCAAGGAAGGAUUUAAGAAAUUUCCAAACCUGAGUAUUAUGGGACUCAUUCGACUUAAAAACCUAACUGAAAUUCCUGAUAUUUCAAGAAUUCCAAAUUUAAAAGAAUUACGUGUUUCUCGGUGCAAAAGUUUAGUUAAGAUUCAUGACUUUGUUGGAUUCCUUGAUAAGCUUACCCUUAUGUCAUUUUUCGAAUGCUCUAACCUUAUUCAUUUUCCAAGUAGCAUUCCUCAGUUACAGCAUCUGGACUAUCUUUUUGUCCAAGGGUGUCCAAAACUUUCAACAAAUGUGAGGGAUGAAGGACAAUCCAUGCUCCCAAUUGUGUCCACAGAGGAAAGAAGAGAAUUAUUCUUAUCGCCUCCUCCAGCGAAUUCAAGCAUUUCCGAUGUUGGUUGUUCCUCGGUUGGGUUUCCGGCACUAACAAAACUGAUUCUUGAUAAAAUAUGUUUCUCUGAGACACUUUUCCCUUCCACUUUAGAGGUGUUAGAUAUAUCAGGGACUGAAAUUGCUAGUCUGCCUGCAUGGAUCAAAAGAUUUGUUAGAUUGAGGAAGCUUCAUUUGUUUGAAUGCAAGCAACUUCAAGAAAUUCUAGAACUUCCAGCAAAUAUAGAACAAAUAAGUGCCGGCGGAUGUGUUUCAUUGGAAAGUUUUCCACAAAUAUCGAAAGAAAAUCAAUUCAAUACAUGUCAGUUGCCAAUGUUAAAGUGGAUUGAAUUGAGUGAGUGCGCUAAAAUGGCUGAGAAAAUAGGGAAUCAGGUGGAAGAUUUUUUUUUGAAUAAGGUACAUUAUAAGGACUCUUUUGCCGGUGGAAUUGUAUUUCCUGGAAAUAGGAUACCAGAGUCUCUCCGCCAUCGUAUGGACUGUUCAUAUGGUAGUCAAUCAUGUAUAAUAGAUAUUAAAGGGCUCCUUCCUUUGGAUGAGAUCCAAGGAAUUGUUUUUUGUGCUCUUCUUCAACCCAUUCGUGAGGGCUUCCAUGAUAAUACUAUAGAUGUGGUUCAGUUUACAAUGAGGCAUAAAGGUAUAGAAUUAAUUGGUAGACUGAGAGAAUUCAAGUUUGUGGAAACAAAAAAUGUAUGGCAUGACUACUUCGACCUAGAAUAUAUUGAGCUAAAGGGAGACAAUUUGCAAGUUGAGUUGUCUAUAAUUUCACGGAUGUUCGUCAGAAGUGUCGGAGUUCAUAUUAUACACAAGCAUGCAGAGAAUGCGAAAGAUCAUCCAGAUGUGACCCACGUGGAUUUUCGUUUCUCUAUUGAUGGAUCCAAUGAAUGA